GUUGAAAGGUAAACCUAGUUGAUCAAUUGAAGGUGUAAAAACUAAACUGCUAAAAGGGCUUAAAUACAGCGUUUUACGAACAGUUAGCUGUUGCGUGUUUUUCUUCAAUUCCACCAAUCACAGGCCUCCAUUCUGGAUGCCUGAGGAUCCACACCGCUUGUGAAAUGUGACCGGUUCCCAUGAUUCCAUAAUUUGAUAUAUUGGAAUCGGCGAAAAGACGAAAAUCUUCCACCCUCCGAAUUCGUCGUCGGGUUUCGCAUGUAUUUGCACGCCCGGCGCGAUGGACUCAGACACCGCGGGGUUCUUCGAUGAGCCGGCCGAUUACUAUCCCCCAUCACCGCCGCCCAAGACCCAGGCUUAUGCUCUGCAGUCGGGGGGGGCCAUCACACUUCACCUGGUGGGCCACAGCCCGUUGGAAGCCCACCACCUGUGGAACGGGAGUCGCAUCAUCUCCCGGUACUUUGAGACCCAUGUGCCCGAGGUCCAGGGCAGGACCGUGCUCGAACUGGGAGCCGGCGCCGGCCUGCCCAGCAUCGUGUGCGCCAUCCUGGGGGCGCAGAAGGUCGUCGUCACCGACUUUCCCGACCCGGACCUGGUCGCUACCAUGAAGAAGAACAUCCUCGGCUGCGAGCUCGUCCCGGCCGGCGGCGGCAGUCCCGAGAGCGCGCCCAUCGUCGCCGACGGCUUCGUCUGGGGAGCCGACCCGACCCACCUCCUCGCGCACCUGGAGCGCGGCAGUGACGGGUUCGACGUGCUCAUCCUCGCCGACCUGCUCUUCAGGCACUCGGAGCACGGCAAGCUGGUGUCUACGGUCGCGGCGACGAUGCGCCGGCGGCGGGAGAGCCGGGCGUUCGUAUGCUUCACGAGCUACCGGCCGUGGCUGCAGCACAAGGACCUGGCCUUCUUCGACCUCGCGCGGGAGCGGGGCUUCCUAGUGGACAAGAUCGUCGAGGAGAAGACGGACAGGGCCAUGUUCGAGGACGACCCGGGCGACGAGGACGUCCGGAAGACGGUGACGGCGUUCACCCUGCGCUGGCCGGAGGCGGCGUGCGUGUAGGGGACGCAAUACGAGGCUAUGCUGUUAUUGUUAUCGUCUACGUAGCGACGCCGUCAUUCUCUGGUUGAAAAACAAAUAGGUCCCCUCCUCCCUCGGCGACGAACAGACCAUCUCGUAUCGCAAGCGUGAUGUGUGUGGUGUGUAUGAAGUACCUACCUAGCGAGGGCGUUGCGCGCAGUGCCCCCGCGCCUUGGCCUACCUACCUACCUACCUAAUGCCGCAGACGCCCACCACCUGGGUACGACAUGCUUAGGCCUGCCUGCUUGACCGCUUGCUUGGUGGGAUCGU